AAAUUGUGUCUGAUUGUCUUUGUGUGUCUGUGUGUGUGUGUGUUUGUGUUUGUGUGUGCAUGUGUGCAUUUGUGUGUGUGUGUGUGUGUGUGUGGUUUUGCCAGAAGGACGCUCAGGAGUCAGCACAGUGAAGGAGGCGUGGCCUUAUGGCUACAUGUGACUAUAUGAGGAGGUUUGAGUUAGAGUUAGGAAAAAGGUUAUUAACCACCCAAUUGGAGGAAAUACUGCACAGAUGUCAGCCAAUCAGAGCUGAGUUUGACUGCUGAGCCUUUUGAUCAUGUCACUUCCUGUGUACAGCUCCAUGUCACGGUGUUUAUUAUUCACUGGAAUUAGUGUAAUUCACUUCGUUAGGGCGUUAGUUAAUUGUGUGUGUUGCUGAUUCACAGUCUGUUUAAUCCUCCUGCAGGAUCGUAAUUAACGGCGAGUCUUCUGGAGCUCAGGGGGAAUCAGGGGUUUAAGAUGGAGCGCUACCUGGUAAAAAGUUCUGAAGCUCCGCCCCUGAUCAACUACACCCACUCCAACUCGUCCAAUCAGGGAGCAGAGUUUGGCGUCGCUGUGGCGACGGAGCGGUUAGCGGUGGCAUCUCUGUUGGGUUUGCUGACGUUAUCGACGGCUGUGAUGAAUGCCGCGGUCAUCACCGCCAUCUUGACCACCAGGAAGCUCCGCCUCCCCGCUAACUACCUCAUCUGCUCACUGGCCGUCACCGACUUCCUGGUUGCGGUGCUGGUGAUGCCGCUGAGCAUCCUGUACAUCGCCACGGCAACCUGGAACCUGGGUCGUGUGGUGUGUGAGGUGUGGCUGAGUGUGGACAUGACCUGCUGCACCUGCUCCAUCCUGCACCUGUGCGUCAUUGCGCUCGACCGCUAUUGGGCCAUCACCAAGGCGGUGGAGUACACGCGCAAGAGGACGCCGCGCCGUGCCGUUACCAUGGUCGUCGUUGUCUGGGUGGCCUCCAUGUUCAUCUCAGCCCCGCCCCUUUUCUGGCGUCGGCGACACGAUGAUGUUCACGAGUGUGCGAUCGAGCACGACCAGCUGGGCUACAGCAUCUACUCCACCUUCGGAGCCUUCUACAUCCCCAUGACUCUGAUUCUCAUCCUGUAUUACCGCAUUUACAGUGCAGCGAAGUCCCUCUACCAGAAACGUGGCUCCUCACGCCACUUCAGCGACUCGCUGAACCACUUCCGGGUUGACCUGUCAAACUCUGACCCCGGUGUGGAGCUGGAGAAGCUGAACAGCCCUGACGAGAGGAACCAGAUAUGCAGCUCACGCGAGAGGAAGGCGGCACGGAUCCUCGGCCUCAUCCUCGGUGCCUUCAUCCUCUGCUGGCUGCCGUUCUUCAUUAAAGAGCUCCUGAUGGCUCUGAAGGUCCUGGAGCCUUCUCCACACGUGUCCGAUUUCCUCACGUGGCUGGGAUACAUGAACUCGCUGAUCAACCCGCUGCUCUACACCAGCUUCAACGAGGACUUCAAACAGGCGUUUAAGAGGCUGCUGACGCGCAAGGAGCACACGUAG